AUGGCGCGGACGCUGGUUGUGCGUGCAGCGGGCGCUGCGAUUCUUGGGGCCUUAGUGUGCCUCAUUGCCUUGGAGAGAGCCGGAGAAGCAAACACCUUUGCCCUUGCCGAUGCUGAUGGCCUCACGGUCCGAGAACCCAACGGGGAUGAGAUUGAGAUGAACCAUCCUGGAUGGCAGCAGUGGAUCGAUAACGUCAAAGAGUCAGGUGCUGACAGGGAGCUGCGGAUGUACGAGGUUCAGGAUGGAGAGUUGACAGUGAGGGAGCCCAAUGGAGACGUGAUUGAGAUGAAUCAUCCAGGAUGGAAGGAUUGGAUCAGCCAUGUUGAAGACUCUGGUGCAGACAGGGAGCUUGGAAUACACGAAGUGCAGAAGGGAGACGUGACGGUGCGGGAGCCCAACGGGGACAUGAUAGAUAUGGACGCCCCUGGAUGGAAGGGGUGGAUACGUGGGAUGGAGGGAUCGACCGAGAAUAGCGCACUUCCAGACAAUUGA